AGUUUUCAAACUGCGGAUCGGGUUACCUUUAUGUUACAUGCGUAUACCUUAGUGUCGAUGUUAGAAAAUAUAAAUAGCUUUAACUUAACUUGCAUGAAUAAAUACCGAGUCACAUUUCAGUGGGGAGUGCAGUCGGGUGGAUAUUUAAUGUUUAAGGCAUGGCAAAGACUCGGCGUCACUUCCGGACUGCGAGAGAUAGGUCACUCGGCAUCUUCUGUCUCCUCAUCGCGCUCACUUCCGGGUGCCUGUUUCUCAACAUGAGCAUCCUCCCAUCGAUAAAUCUGCGCGUCGACGCUCGCGAUGAGCAACGUGACGUCACUUUUGCACCGACGCCAGCGCCGACCACAAUCAAAGGUUACGUUGGAAUGUUGAGACUCAUGACCUUCAGCGACGAUGAGGCGAAUCCUGAUCCUGUUUCGAAUAAUAAUUCUCUACCCAAACAUGUAGUUUGGGUCGGGAAGAAAACAGCCUGUUCUAAGAAUACCGACUUGUUUGUGUAUAUCCCAAGCAAAAUGGAAAAUUUUAUGAGACGCCGAUUAAUUCGUCGAACUUGGGGUUCUGUAAAAAGCGUUAAUAGUAUAUCUAUCACAGUCGUGUUCAUUUUAGGUAAACCCGUCGACAGUAAUGAACAGCUAAUGCUUAACAAUGAACAGCUUGUUCACGAGGAUAUUAUCCAAGUCGACGUUCACGAACACUAUCGCAAUUUGUCGGUAAAAGCGGUCGCCGCACUGUCUUGGAUACAUGAGCGCUGCAAACACAUCCGUUACGUCAUGAAGGUUGAUGACGACAUCUUUGUAAACAUCUUUGAGCUAACACGAAAUCUUUUGCCUCAACUCCACCCGGACUCCCUGUCCGUUGCUUGUCACGUGGUUCCGGCGGGGAUCAGCCCAAUAGUUCGAUCAGAAAACAGUCGCUGGUAUAUCCCAGAAAACCUGCUGUCGGGAAGGAAAUACUUUCCAGCCUUUUGCUCCGGUUAUACAGUGGUGAUGACUGCUAAAACUACUCAAGAAUUGUACAAGAAUUCCCUUAAACAGCCUAUCUUGCCUGUCGACGACGUGUACACUUUCGGUAUCCUGGCAGAACACUUAAAUGUUACGUUCAUGGACGUAAAGGGGAACAUGUCGUUGAGUGAAGCGUCGGCUAUGAAGUCAUACGAGAGCGGUGACGUACAGAAUUUCGCUGUUGACGUUAAAGCGUCCGCUAAUAUCGAACGUUUGUGGGUACUUUCCCUUCAAGAUGCCAUGAAGAAAGCAUCUUGACCGCAUUUAUUUCUUUUCUUAAAAUAUAUUUACUAAACGAUUUCUAAAGGAUUAAAACCGGUUAAAAUAAGUACAUGUCAUGUUGCUGUUUUAAGAUAUUUAUGUCGAUAUUCAUUUUUAUUAACCCCAUUUAUGCCUAGUGGACUCUCACAUCCUUCUAAAUUGGAUCACUUUAUUUCCAAAAUUAGGGAUGUCUAGUAUAUUUUUUUCUAUACUUAGAAAAUUUCUUACAGAAAUUCCUUUAUGCGGCGUCUCAUCUGGGUCUUCGCUGUUUGCCAAGGCCUUUUUUCUAGACGCUAGGUAUAAAUGGGUUAACAAUCGUGUAAAAAUACUAAAACAUUAGUUUAAAUUCUUAACAAAGAAAAUAUCAUCAUGCAAAUUGUUACCACACGUUUUAAACGAUUGUCAUAAAUUUAUUCAAAGUUGGUCUCAAAUGUCAGAUUUUCAAAGAUUUUGAAUUAUUAAAAGUGUAUCUAUUUGAAAAUAAAAGCGUUGUGCAAGUAAA